UCUGGCAACUAUGGCUGAGUGUAAUUUAUGGGAAAAAGCAAAAAUUAUGUUUUUGUAAAAAACAAGAAAUUUUGCCUUAUUUUAGUGGAAAAAAUAAAUUAACUUAAAGCAAAGAAAUAAUAAAAAUUGAUCACAUUAAGGGGAGCAUUAAAUGAUACAGUGAUUACAUAUAUAGAAAAUAAUACUUAAACAAAAUCUAAAAUAAAUAUUAAGGCGUAACUUUUCAGUGUCAAAUUGAAUUAAAAAAUGUAAUUUAACUAAUUUACAAUAAGAAUAAUAAUAAAAAUCUAAUUGGAAACACAAAAGCAAUAUCAACACAAAUUAAAUCGAACACGAAAUAAGAAAAUAAAAUAUGUUGCAUAUAAAAUGCAAAACGAUAAAUAAAAUAAGAACAAACUGAGGAUCUUUCCAAUAAUGCAAAAGUCAAUUUGUAAGAUUCAGAUGUUUCAGCGUCUAUGGAAACAUACUGCCGCUUAUCAAAACUACAAUACUAAUAAACAUUUCACAAAAACUAGUAGAACGUUGCACUAUUACUCACACUUUAGCAGAAGCCUAGAAAUUUGAUUUGAAAAUUAGUGCUAGAAAAGAGGAAACUGAUUUAGCUGAAAGUAAAACUUAAACAUAUUGUUAAUUGUGAUAACCCGUAGAAAACAGGUCAACUCAAAAAUAAUAUAACAAAAACAACAAUAAUAAUCAAGACAGCAUCAACAUUCUACGUCAACUUUUAAAAGCUCCUACACUCAGUCUUAUAGCUGUUACAUCUCUCACCUCGUCCCCGUCCUCCUCGUCAUCACCCCUAACCGCCAAACUGUUGUCACUAUUUUUCUCUUCUGCCUCCACUUCAGGCCAAUCGCAUACAUUUGCCUCUUUUGUAAUGUCGUCCGAUGAUAGCGAAGAGCUGGACACCAUCGCCGAUGUUAUGGGUCUACGUUCACAAAGUAGACUGGACAAUUUUAGGGAAAUGUGGUAUCACAUAUUUCUGUGGGCCUUGUUUUCCUCGAUAUUCAUACACACCUGUGCCGCACUGGUAGCAUUUGUAACGCUACGCAAGCAUAAAUUUGGACGUUUCUUUUCUAUAUUGAUCUUAGUUAUGGGGUUCUUGUCUCCGGCUCUAAGCGGUAUUAUUAGUAGUGCAGUUAUUGCUUUUGUACAUCGUGCCUCUAGUUUACCCAUGUCUCCAAUAUAUGCCAUGGUUUGGGGUGUAGGACAAACCAUAGUAUCGGCGUGUUUGGGCUUCACACGCAUUCUGGCCACAUUGUAAAGUUGUAUACACACACCUACUCAAUUUUUUAAAUGACUGUGUAAAUGCUAAAGAUAUUUUUAAAAUUAAUUCUUUCGUUAAUUUUUUUAUUAUUUCAAAUGUUAUUUCGUAGUAUUCAUUGUAAAUUAUAAAUUUAUUCUUAAAUUUUCUUAUAUACUAUACUGUAUGUAUAAAAAAUAUUUCUAUUAUUUAAGUAGUAUGUAAACAUUAGCUUAAUAAUUUGCAUCUAAUUAUC